AUGGUGGCGGCCCUGAUUCGGGCGUUUUCCUGGGCGCUCGCGGUCAGCGUCGUUCUUUACUGCACCGCGGCAGAGGCGGGAGAGCCGGCAGCCGAGCCAGACUUCAUCUUCACCAUUCCCAAAGGAGGAAUGGAGGCGGAAGAGCAGAAAGUCGUUUGGCUGGGGCCCUCGAAGGCCUUGCGCGUCGUCGACUCCACCGAUGCCGCCGUUUUUUUGCCACAGCCUGGGAACAGCCCCUCGGCAGCGCCUUCGUCCGAGCAGAUGAAUGCCGUCGCAUAUGUGUUUGCGAACGGUGCGUGUGACUUCACCAAGCAGGUGGAGUACAAAGAGUUAUUUCCUGAGUAUAAUAAGCCCGUGUGGGAUCGCUCCCCACCUGCGGAGGCCACGGUUGAGGGUGAUUCGUCGCCUUCAUUGGGCGCCAAUUACACCUUCACAAGUCCACCUGCAGAAGCUUUGGGCAAAGUUGCCAGUUUUUGUGUGAGAUUCAUGGUGGAGAAACCUGUAAAGUCUGAAGCGGGGACGCAAGAAGGGCAAGAAGGACCGAACCGAAACUCUGGUGGACCGCCCCCUGGAACCAGCGAAGAGGGGGGGACCUAG